AUGAUAUUUUCAAAUAUCAUAGUUUUGUUAGCUUUAGCUUUCCACGCAAUUGCAUAUGGCCCUGUCGUAGGCUCAAUUUCAAUUAAUGGCAAAGGCGAAGCAGUACAUUUUGGAGAAAUCGAGACUCAGGAAAUCAAAGCGUUACCCCUUGAAUCCACCAAAGAUGUUAUAGAAAUCAAAUUGAAAGAUAGUUCACUUCAAGGUCAACCCGAGCAGAUUUUGUUUACAUUGGCCGAUGCAAAGAAACCUUCAGUGGCAACCCAUUUUGUUCCCGUAGUAAAGGGAAAGAAUAUCAACUUGAGUAUCCCUGCUUCCUCCUUACCCGAUGUACUCAAAAUCAAGGACACGUUGGUAUUGAGCCUCAUAAUCGCCGACGGUAAACAAUCUACAAAGAAAGUGAACAAAAGAUUACUUGAAAUCAAGCCAUCUCGAGAGUUGAAAUCUACAAGUAAACAAGAAACAGUUCCAACAUUUGGUUUACAACCAGAAAUACAUCAUAUUUUCAAAGAAGACGAGCAAGGUGUAAACCCAGUGGUGCCAGUUGCAUUCAUCUUAGUGGCAGUAGCACUUCACUUGGCACUACUUGCAUCAUGGGUGGGGUUCAUCGGUGUUAAAGAUUUAUUCCGCACAUUGAAUACCACAUCAUCAAGUCAAUUGCUCCAAAAUAUUAGCUUUUUACUAUCACUUUUGGGCUUUGAAGUCAACUUUGUGAAAUACUACCUAGGCCAGUCUAUUUUCACCACCUUGUUCUAUGGUACAAUUUUGAGUAUCCCAAGCUUAUACUUUGGUCGCUCGGUUUUAAGGGCUUUAGCUAAAAAUCGCGCCUUGGGAAAACAAUAG